AUGACCUUGGCGGAGAGGCGCCGACAGGGGGCCGCCUUGCCCUACUCACUGCCCUCGGAGCUUCUGUCUGUGGCCAUGGAGGACCUGCCUAGCUCAUCCCCUGCCGCAACGCUCCCAUCUGCAGUGCUGGCACCUGUUGUGGCCCAGGACUCUGGUCCCAGCAACGAGCUCUGGGAGCCUUCUGCUGAGGAGCUUGGGGAGUACAAGCAGAUCUUCCUGAGCCUUGUGGGUGACUCGGAUGGCCUCCUGGACGCGCAGGAAGCCAAAAAGGUAUUGGAGCGGAGUGGCGUGCCGUUGACGGAGCUGGCAGCCAUUUGGUACCUUGCUGAUGUAGAUGGUGAUGGCCAGCUGGCUCUGUGCGAGUUUGCCUGUGCCAUGCACCUCACGGUGAGGCGCCGGGCCGGAGCACCUUUGCCAGAGGAGCUGCCUUCACCUCUGACAAGGUUGGUAGCUGGUGCCAUCGAUUUCCCCGAUGUGCCGCAGUGGGGGCCUUGUCGUAUCAGGCGUGGAUCAGGGCAGCUGACCAGGAUGUGUUUUCGAAAGGGCGUUCGCCUGGCAGAGGUCGACAAAGUCAAGCUGACUCCUCGCUUGUAUGCGGCCGCAGGAGGCAUCUCAUUAAUGGACGAGGGCUCGGGCCAUGCGAAGGUAAAGCUGAACGUGGUGGAGACAAAUGACCCCUGUUAA